CAGCCCUUGGAAGGGGUGGGGGACCAAUAGGAACUCGGGAAUGCCAAAGGGUCUGUUUGGGCCGUUUGUCAAGUAUUAGACAAUAAAAAAGAAUUGAGAAAUUGAAUAAAUAUUACACACGUAACUAUAUUAUAUUAUGUUUUACUUUAUUUCGAAAAACCUGAGACACAUGAGAAUUUUUUUAAACGUUAAAACCUCAUUCAAUUGUUGAUGAAAUGCAACAAAUCCAUGCCCAUCUGUUUCACCGCCUUUCGUACUGUAGUCAUUUUCCCUAGAACGUGUCCAAAACGGAAUGUGUCCAUCUGCCCCACUCUCCUAUUGGACUGAAUACUUUGUUUACCUCGGAUUGACGUUUCUCGAUGUGCAAUUUGAAUGAAAAUGUUCAGACGUCUAAGGAAUUGUUUCAAUGAAGUGUAUUGAGGUGCUCCAGAAUGGAGAGGGAUAAUGCAGCGAACUGGGAGUUCUACCUGGGGCUGUCCCUGGCUGUCAGCUCCAAUUUGUUCAUAGGUAUCAGUUUUAUAAUUAAAAAAAGGGCACUAGUGAAUCUCCAGAAGUAUGGGCUGAGGGCCGGAGCGGGGGGUCACGGAUACCUGCGGGAGUGGAUGUGGUGGACCGGGUUAUUAUCAAUGGGAAUAGGAGAGGCUGCUAACUUUGUUGCUUAUGCCUUCGCUCCAGCCUCGAUUGUCACUCCUCUGGGGGUCCUCAGCAUCGUUAUUGCAGCUAUACUCUCCCCCAGGUACCUCCACGAGAAGCUGAAUUUAUUGGGGAAGCUGGGCUGCUUCUUGUCCAUCAUGGGAUCCACCAUAAUAGUUCUCCACGCCCCAAAAACCGAAGAGAUCGACACAGUCGAGGACUUAGUCUACAGGCUCCAGCACUCUGGCUUCAGCAUCUACACCAUCUUCGUGAUUCUCCUCAGCCUAUUUAUCAUAUUCCACGUGGGGCCCAGGGAUGGAAAGGAAAACGUGACGAUUUACGUGUUCCUCUGCUCCAUAGUGGGCUCCCUCACAGUGAUGAGUUGUAAAAUCCUGGGACUAUCCAUCAAGGAGACGAUCUACACUGAGAAUAACAGAAUGGAGUCCUGGCUCACGUGGGUGUCCCUCUUUUCGAUAAUCCUCUGCAUCAUGGUGCAGAUGAACUAUCUGAACAAAGCCCUCGACCUCUUCAACACAGCUAUCGUCACUCCAGUGUACUACGUCUUCUUCACGACUUUCGUCAUAAUUGCAUCUGCAAUAUUGUUCGAGGAGUGGGAGUUUAUGACGUACGAGAAUAUCCUGGGGUCUCUCUGUGGAUUUUUCGUGGUCAUCACAGCAAUUUUUCUCAUGAACGCUUUCAAAGAUCUGAACAUCAACUACUGCGACUUGGUGAAUUUAUCUCUGCCCAAGACUGGGGGCAGGAGGGAUUUCCAGAGGUACAGCUCGUACGACGAGGAAGAGCAAAUGCCAGUGAAUCGAGACACCGAGGAUGGGAGGAGUUAUUUAAACACCUGACGAAAGAAAAAAGCUAAACGAAAAAUUACUUCGUUAGUCUGAUUUUAUUUUUCGAAGCGUUUGCGAUGGUGAUGUUAUCGAGGGGAUGUUUCAUAAGCUUGGUAACAAUUUUUUAAAUAUUUUCAGCAGCUUUUUUAGUGGGUGUCAGUGGAGUUUUUGAAUGUUUUGAAUUGUUCAGCCACUGGGAUUAAAUGUUGUUGACAGUUUCUCGAUGUUUAUUGAUUACUGUAAUUGUUAUUCGUCACGUAAUGAAGGCUGUGAUUUGCA